AUGGACGUCCGCAAAGCCAUUCAGUCGUUGAGCCACAAGUACACGCCUUUGGGGGAGAAACAGCAAUUGAUGGACGGAGCGAGCGACACGACCGACAGUAGUGAGGCAGAAGAGGCGCCUCGACGCAGUCAUGGCCCGUCGAACUCAUGGCGACGGCCGUUCACAAUCCAUCUGGCCAUUUUUUGCGUGCAACUCGUCCUGUGGUGGGGGUUCACGAUGAUCUUGUGGCGGUCAUCGAGAGAUCAGUUGUGCACGGCGCAUACCUCGAGAUACUGGAGCCCGGUGCAGAAGGACUUCGACAUCACAUACCACACCGAGACUUUCAACGGUUCCUUCCUGAAUCUGACGCCGUGGAGAGGAAAGGCCGGGCCGGAAACAGAUGAGGCUUGGGAUUCGCUCGGCAUUGACUUCCACGCGUUCCUGUUAUCGCCCGAGGAGGCCGCGAGAGCCGGCGUGCCUUCAGGCCGAGUCAUGUACCCCGAGGAGCAAGGCGGACCAGGGUAUCCGGUGACGGUGGAGGUGCUUCAUCAGCUGCAUUGCCUGAACCUUCUCCGGCAAAGCUCGUAUCUCAACAUCGACUACUACAAAGCGCAGGGCAAGGGCCCGUUCGUGAACAGCGAAGCGACGCUCAAAUACCACAUCACUCACUGCUUGGACAAUCUGCGCCAAGUGCUCAUGUGCAACGCGGACAUUGGCCUCGUGCCGUUCGUUUGGUGGGGCGAGGAAGAGGACGCGCACAUCUUCCCCGACUUCACCAGGCAGCAUACUUGCCGCAACUUCCACGACAUCAGAGACUGGGCUGGCCGGCAGCCGCUGGCCCCCACGAACGGACCGAAAAUCUAUCCUCAGCCCGGCGCGGAGAUCUUUCCGAAUCUACCGUAG